GUCACUGUCACAUUUAUCAAAAAAAAAUAAUAAUUUUCGGAAAUAAUUAUAAACCCGAAAUUUCCUCGUGAUGUCGUCAGAGUCUAAUAAAGUCACCUUGUGCGACAAAUUGGGGCUCAAGCCCCUCAACGCUCAGAACGUGUUGUUUUACUAUGCCCCCGCGCAGGGUCUGCUCAGUUACACCGCCCUAUCGGUCAACGUUAUGAACCCCUCGUUGGUCCUGAGGAUAUUCCCCAAGAGGGACAUCACCAACAUCCUGCUGUUCAACACCCUGUUGGGCACCGGACUGUACCUCUAUAACAAGCCCCAUUUGGCCCCGUUGCCUACCAAAGAGAAACUGCUUUACAGUUCUUUUGGUGCAGUGACGUUCUCUUUGGGUUCGGUACUGAUUUGGGCCAUCAUCAGGAGCGUGGUACCCCAAAAUGUGGCCCUGUGCACUGCUUGUGGGGUGGGUUCCGGCCUGGCCCUCAUUAAAAUUGGCAAAAGUUAUGUGGCCACCGUAGACGAGCUCGCUAAGCCUUAAGUUCUAUAAUUGUUUGUCAUUUUUUUUUUGUUUGUGAUUUUUGUUUAGUGUGUUAUUAUUUAUAUAUAAAUAUUAAUAAUAUAAAGUAGAUUUAUUUGUA